UGAAAUUCUGGGCUCCGAAGACCCAAAAUGCCAUCUUCCACAUCACCACACCCUGACCCCAGGGCCGUCGAGCCACACCCCGAACGACCAAAAAACGUGAAUGGCGACGUAGACUAUGUGCCUCACCCUGAAAGAUCCAUCUCGAUCUCACCUGCUCGGGCGGCAACUCAGAAAAGCAUCAUUGCCCUUUACGGUGGCAGCGCCUCCGAGGAUGACAUGAAGGUCUAUGCCGAGAAGGCAAUCUACGACGAUCCGUUCAGUUAUUGCGACACGCGGUACAAGAUAGCUGGCCAGUGGUAUGGUAUCCCGAAACUAUUUGCCAAGUCCGAGACGUUGGCUACGGAGGUCACGUCGUCGACAGAGCACGAGCUUGUAUGGAAGCAACGACAGAAGUACACCUUUGCUGGUAUUCAUGCUUCUAAAAUUGCAGACAGUCUUAUCAGCCUUAAGCUUGAAGGAAAAGAGCCGAAUGAGAAGGUUGUGUAUCACAAGGAUAUGUGGAAUUGCAAGGAUUACUCUCAUGAAGGGCUCGGUAUGAUCAUCAAGAAGCUGAACGGGUAAAUUAUGUUUCUUUCCGUGCACAUUUUGUUCGCUGUGUAAUCAAAUGCAUUGACUGCAUAUAGGGACAAGUUGACAAACAUCACCAAGCCUCCUAAAUCGGUGUGAAGGCGGGAACUGAAGACUUGAAGUUGCAACGGUGAAAAUGCUUAAUGUGCUAAUAAGCACCAAGACUUAUCAGUGUUGAUAGGAUAGCUGUAUCGCCUGCUUGCUGGGUGCAUGGCCCUAACUAAGAACGUGGGAACGGGCAGAGAUCCGGCCUUGUGUUUC